AUGCCACCAACAGUGACAUCCGGGCCUCAGCUGAAGCUUUCAAAUCCACCCGGGGACACCAUAAGCGCGGUGCAUUUUCAGCCAGGCAAGGGUGCUGAAUUCCUAAUCGCUUCCUCGUGGGACUGUUCUGUCCGUCUCUAUGAUGUGACCUCGGGCAGCCAGCGCACUUCAUUUGAGCACAAGACGCCUGUCCUGGCCAGUUGCUUCACCGACGCUGUGCACACUGUGAGCGGUUCUCUGGAAGGGGACUUCAAGUACUUCGACUGCAACACCUCCCAAGUGACUCACCUCGGCCGAUGCGCUCGCGCUGUGAGCGCUGCUCUAUAUAAUCCCACUAUUCAGGCAUCUGUGACGGGUAGUUGGGACCAGACAGUUCGGAUAUGGGACACUCGGACUGCCUCAGGUGACUCCACAAACGACGCCACGGGAGGCGCCGUCUCGGUGCACAAACAGCCGGACAGUGUCUAUACCAUGGACAGCAUUCAGCACCAGUUAGUCGUCGGGACUGCUGGGCGCCAUGUACUCACAUGGGAUCUGCGGCAGAUGAGCGCCCCCAUCGAACAGCAGGAAUCCACACUGCGUUACCAAACGCGCUGUAUCCGCUGUUUCCCUAAUGGCCAGGGAUACGUGCUCAGCUCCAUUGAGGGGCGUGUUGCUGUUCGCAUGUUUGAUAAGAGCCAGGAGACCCAGAAGCAGUCCUACGUAUUCAAGUGUCAUCGUGUGAAGGACGAUAAGGUGGAGACCAUAUAUCCUGUCCUCUCCAUCUCCUUCCACCAACGCUAUAACACCUUCGCCACUGGUGGUUCCGAUGGUGUGGUUAAUACGUGGGAUGGCUUUAACCGUAAAUGGUUGGCCCAGUUCGAGAAGUAUCCCACCUCAAUCUCCAGCCUGGACUUCUCUGAGGACGGAACUCAGUUGGCCAUCGCCUCCUCCUAUAUGUUCGAAUACGGAGACAUUCCCAACCCACCCGAACCCGCCAUCUUUAUACGCACCGUGGCGGACAGCGAAGUGAAGAGAAAACAGGCUGCCCCUGCCGCGGCGACCGCCACCACAGCGGCCUCAUCAAAGUAG